AUGGACAGCUUUCCGCCGCCCCACCCACCCACCACCAGUAGCACCUUUGGCAUCCCCGACGACGCGCCCCCGCCGGCCAAGAAGCCCCGCGCCUCUGGCCGGAAGCGCGACCCCGUGUGGGACUUGACGACCGUCUUCGCCGACAAGCGCGUGGUGUGCAACCGCUGCCACGCCCUCAUCCACCGCUACGGCGUGGCCAAAGUCGAGCGCGUGCGCAGCCAUUUUGAGCGCAAGUGUCUCGGCCCGCGCGGGCCAUUGGACGCGUCGAGAGAAGACAGCGACGAGACGGCAGCAGCAGUAGCACUGGUCGUCGUACCGGACACGACGCUGGGCGUCAAGCAGCUCAAGGCCGCGCCCAGUAGCAGCAGCAGCAGCAGCAGCAGCAAGAGCGGCGCGUUCAAGCGCAAGUUUGCCUCGUGGCUGUACGCCACGGGCCAAUCCUUUGACGACAUGGCAAACCAGCGGCUGCUGUUUGCUCUGCGCGCGCUGCGGAGUGACGUGACGCUGCCGACGACGCACGAGCUCGAGAACGAGCUGCUCGACGCGGAGUUUACGGCGUCAAAGACCCGCGUGACAAAGGCGCUGAGCGGCAAAAAGUGCUGUUUGACGGUCGAGCACUGGCGCGACGCACGGGGAUCGGCCGUGACGACGUACGGAGCACUGUGCGAGGCGACGUCGUACUACUUGGAGUCCAAGACGGCCGACGGGUACGAGGGGCGCAGUGAGUUGACGGCAGACGAAGUCGAGACGGUGCUGGCCAAGGAGAAGAAGGCCGAAUUUUACGGCAUUGUCACGCCGGCGACCAUGACGCUGGCCACGUACAUGCGCGAGCGGAUCCAGAAGAAGUACCCGCGGUGCACGUUCUUUCACGGCUGUGUGAGCAGCGCGCUCACGGUGCUACUCAGCGACGUCAAAAGUGUGCUGCCGUGGCUGGACAAGGUUCAGACAGCUGUCGCCGAGCUGGCCCAGGUGUUUCACGGAAACCACAAGCUGCAAAUGCUCGUGUCGUCCGCGGAAAACAGCCACACCACCGAGUUUCCAGACGCGAGCUCGAUAUGCGCGCUGCUCGAGGCGUUGCUAAAGCACGAAAAGGUGCUGUACGUCAUUGUCGCACGUCGGGACUUUGUCGACGCCAGUACGUCGGGCGAGCAAGAGAAACUGAAGCGCGUGCAGGACUUUGUGUUGAGCGAGAUCUUCGUUCAGGACCUGCUGAACUCCCUCGCCGUCCUUCGUCCGCUACAACAGCAACUGAGAUAUUUCAGGGAUGAUCUGCCGCCGAUCUCACAAGUGUUCCCGUGCUAUAUCGAGCUCCUGGCAGGGUACUCGGCGAUGGAGUGGGUGAGCAAGAAAGAGAAGGCUCUCAUUAUUUCUUGCGUGACCGAGCGCUUUAACGCCAUAUACGGCGACUCGCACGGUGUGGCGUACAUGCUGGAUCCGCUUUAUUUGGGUGAAUCCUUCGAUGAACAGAAGAAGCAGAGCGUGGACAGCUUUAUCGUUCGGUUCUGCGAAAACGAGGGACAUACUGUGGACAUUUUGACGCAGCUGGCGAACUACAAGGCGAUGGUGUGCGAACUGAAAGCGAGCAACCACGCAUACUGGCAGCUGCUGCAGUCCCGUGCCGUAUCACCCUACGACUUCUGGAUGGAACGCCGGGUGCAGUUUCCGCAUCUGCAUCAGUUGGCUGUAGCGGUAUUCGCGUUGCCGACGUCCACCACAUCUCCGUCUCCCUCGUUCGGCGAGCAGGGCUUCACCGUCCAUUCUCGAUAUAACCGUAAGUUGUCACUAGACCAAAUCCAGAAGCUUACCCAUGUGUACUGCAACUCAGAAAGGGGUGAAAGUGAGCCGUUGACAGUGGCCAUGUAA